CUCUCGUCCAUCGGCCUGCGAGACGAGAAAAAUAACACCACAAUGAGGCCUCCGACAUCCCAUCAUCCCUUUCUGCGGCCCUCCCGGCUCCAUCCCCCUCUUCCCUCCUUCUUUUCUUCUUCCGUCCCAUUUUUUUUUCCCAUUCCCCCUCCCGACACCCUCUUCAUCCUCCCGACACCCUCCAUCGUACUAUGUCAUCCUCACCUCGAGCCAGCGCCUACCAGAUCCUCGCCGCUCCCUGAACUGAAAAAAAGCCAAACUCGCCGCCCGCUUUCGCCCUCCGAAGUGUUGGCUCGACGCACACCCUCUCCACGGUCGCGCCCGGUCGCCCGGUCGCCUUCCCUAACUCUCGACUCCCAACUCAUCCAACAGUUGUACAAUACUUGAACCUUCGUCCACACUGUCUUUCCUAAUUUACACUUCCCUCACAUACUCUCUCUCUCUCUCUCUCUCUCUCUCUCUCUC